CUAUUUCUUUGGAAGGUUUUCAUAUUAUUAAUUGCAGAAUACAAUCUAUCAACGUUGGUGAUACUAGGUGGAAGUGCGAGUAAUUUUCUCACGAAAUCGCAUAGUAUAUUCGUGGCGGAGUUCCUAAUCUAGAACUCUGUGCAUCGCUUUCGCUGCUGUCAGAAUCCAUUAUUUAUAUAAAUACUCGCAAUAAAGAAUCAGCACCGUUAAUACGUAGUUAUUUAGUUUUAACUCUGAAAUAUUAAGUGGUAUUAAUAAUCUAUGGUUUUAAUAACAAAACAACACAUACCAGGAGCAAAGAUUCACCAUUGAUUCCGCAACAAACCAACCGGGAAUAUGCCACAGAACAGUUUAAUAUAAUGUCUACCAAAAAGUUGGUAGAUAUGACAUCACUGCGCACGUAGUCCUUAUUUUGAACUUUUAACAGUUUAAAACAGUACCCAAUGAAUCGACCUUCUCUCUCACACAUUAUUUACGACAAAAUAGCUGAAGCCGCUGAAGGGGGCUGUGCAGCGUUACCAACUCUACCAACUUUUCGGUAGAUCUACCAACUUUUAGUGUCGUAAUCAAACCUACCACAUUAUCUACCAACUUUUGAAGUUUUCAAAAAGUUUAAAUCAUAACGCGAUUCAAUUAACAAAUAACUGAUUGUAAUUUUUAAAAUGUUUCAAUUGAACACUAUCAAAAUGAGUGAAAGUGAAAGUGAAAACGAAGAAAAUUCUCCUCCUCGAAAAUUAAAAAAGAUACAUUACAAGCAAAAAUAUUCUCAACUAUGGGAAAGAGAAGAAUAUUAGCGGCCUGUAAUUCUGUUUUAUCACUGGAUUUCUAAUAAAAAUAGUUCAAAUAUGUCUUAUCCAAUCGAAAAUUAAAAUAAGGAUGCCAGAUUAUUAUUGGAGGGUCUCUAAAAGACUUGAAAAGUUGGUAGAUCUACAAAGGUGGUAGAUCUACCAAAUUUUCGUAGUAGUGUUUGUUGGAAACUACCAACUUGUAGAACCCUAUCUCCCACCUUGACGAAUUUCGAGUUGGCAACGCUGGGGCUGUGUGAAUCAGUGUGAAAUUCGAGUUCAGCGUACUCGCACGUAUUUGCGAAUUUGCAAAAAUAACAGUGCAGUGAAUUUUUUUUAUUGUUAAUAAUGGAAUCUCAACGUGCUGCAGCCCGUGGUCGAGGUAGAGGUGGUCGUGGUGGUAUUCGAAGUGUCCGCGGUGGUAGUCACCACCAAGCCCAACCUUCGGCCUCUGAAUUACCCGUCACAAUGCCAAUCCAGGAGUUGCCACCAGGUCAAUCCCUAGAGACGCCACUGCACCCUAAGAGGGUAAGGGUGCUCGCUGCUGUAGUGGCGAAACACCCAAGAUCAGAAAUGUGGAGAACGGACGUUCCGUCCCCGACCAGGAGGGACCAGGAGCUUCCGGUGCCAUCACCUGCCCUGCAGCGAAGAAGACGGGGGAGGAAGAUGUUGUGCAGCCGCCGCUGGUGCCCCGAUCUACCAGGAUGUGGAUAGACGAAGAGAAUGAGGAAAUAACAUUAAUUAAAUUAAAUAACAGGAGAAGAGGGACAUAACAUUAAUUUGGAGUGGCCCCCUCGACCUCUUCGCCUAUCCACGUCUGCAUCACCAACGGCUCUUUCGCCAUUUAAGAUACAGCCAAAUAAAUUCGAUUUUGAAUGGAGAAAGGUGCCAAUGCCUUAAAUCGAACCUCAUUUAAGGCGAGAACCUUUCUGCAUAUGCAUUUUUACAGGUGGUAGGACCUCUUGUGAAUCCGCGCGGGUAGGUACCACCGCCUUGCCUAUUUCUGCGAGGCAGUAACGCGUUUCGGUUUGAAGGGUGUGGCAGCCGUCGUAACUAUACUGAGAUCUUAGAACUUAUAUCUCGAGGUGGGUGGCGCAUUUACGUUGUAGAUGUCCAUGGGCUCGGGUAACCGCUUAGCACCAGGUGGGUGGUGAGCUCGUCCACCCAUCUAAGCAAUAAAAAAAAAUACUAUUAUUACCGUUAUGUAUAAUAUUACUAGGUAUUACAUUGAUAAAUUAAAUGAAUGAUGUUUAAAUUAAAUUUUUAGUUAUUGUUUUCUUUUCAAAAUUAUCAUGGGGGCUAUAAUAUGAAAGAUGCUAAAAAGAAGCGAUUUCGUUUUUUUUGUUCUUCGCCAUGGGGUAAUAUCAACUUUUAUUUUUAUUUUUUAUUGCUAGAUGAGUGGACGAGCUCACAGCCCACCUGGUGUUAAGUGGUUACUGGAGCCCAUAGACAUUUACGACGUAAAUGCGCCACCCACCUUGAGAUAUAAGUUCUAAGGUCUCAAGUAUAGUUACAACGGCUGCCGCACCCUUCAAACCGAAACGCAUUACUGCUUCACGGCAGAAAUAGGCAGAGUGAUGGUACCCACCCGCGCGGACUCACAAGAGGUCCUACCACCAAAAUCUUUAGGGGUAAUAAUAAAAAAAGUUCCCCGACCGCUGGUCUACAGGAUCGGGUAUGUAGUUUCCAGCGGCCAUGACAAGAGGGUUCUCAUGUCGUGCCGCCUUCUUAAAGUGGCGCAGCGAUGCCGACUGUAGAUACUUACUGACUGAGUCAAGUUCCAGGUCAUCAUGGAGAUCCACGUUCCUCAGGAACCAUGGUGCUCCGACGGCUAUCCUGCAAAAUCGGGAUUGAAUAACCUGUGUACUUAAUGCGAGUUUUUUAACGUUCUCUAUAGCGUAAAAGUUAGCUUUUUUUUAUUUAUUGCUUUCGAUAGGCAGACGAGCUUACAGCUCAUCUGAUGGGAAAUGAUAACCGUCGCCCAUAGACAUCCAAACUACAUCAGUGACUCAGAUGCGCUGCCUAUCCUGGCCUGGAUGGGCAGCCUUAUGUAUGUUACACCGGCUAUCCUGUCCUUCAGACCGGAACACAGUAUUACUGUUUUGCGGCAGAAAUAGACAGGACGGUGGUACCAACCCGGGCGGGCUUCUACACUUUUUUUUUUUUUUUUCCUAUCUAAGCUGAUAGCCCUAGCGGCUAUGUCAGCGUAACCCUAACUUUAGUAGGUGAGCUCACGGGGCUCAAACCUGACGAUGUUGCUAACACGAACCCUAGCAAGAGCCGUGCUUCGCAGAAUCUACCACCGGAUCGGAAUCGCGACCCACUGAGAAGAUCCGGCGAGAAACUCAGUGGGCUGUGUCUGAGAGUUAAUUUACUCGUCGAGCCCUUCGUCGCAAGCGACGGGUUCGACGAGAACGAUGACCGGUGCUUGAAGUACCUAAAAGCACCGUUAGUGGAUCGGGAGGAUCCGAGAUGACGUGUUUUGGGUGACGUCGACUGCUUUCCAUUCUGUCCGCAGGAUCGGGAAUGUAGUUACCGGCGGCCACGAUGAGAGGGUUCUCGUGUCGUGCCGCUUUAUCGAAGUGGCGCAUGGACACCGACUGCAGAUACUUACUGAUGGACUCUAAGUCCAGGUCGUCAUGGAGGUCGACAUUCCUGACGAACCACGGGGCUCCGACGGCUAUCCUGCAAAAACGGGAUUGAAUGACUUGGAAUGAUUUUAAGUGUAUGCGGGCCGCGUGAGCGAACACUACACUUGCAUAGGUCAUGACGGGGCGUAUGCAAGUUUUGUAGAGUGUCACCUUAUUUCUAAGGGACAUUUUACUUCGCCUACAUAUCAUCGGGUAGAGACGUCCUAGAAUGAAGGCGGCACGGUCGCGUACCGUCUUGAUGUGGGGGCGGAAUGUCAUCCUACUGUCGAGGGUGACGCCUAAGUAUUUGACCUUCGGGGCCCACGGUAUGGGCUGGUCGAAUAUCGUGAUUGGGCGAACGGCGGGGGCGGGGGUAUUGACGCGCCUAGUCGGGAGGGGGCUUCUACAUAGAACCCUACCACCAGUUUUAUUAUUACCAGCUCAUAUUAGUAUGGAACGUUUGCUUGCGUUUGCCGCUAGGGGCGCUGUUCCAACUGCAUACAAAUUUGAGUUAACUUUUACGCUAUCGAGAACGUCAAGAACUCGCACUAAGCAUACUGAAGGGGUUUCAAGUUAAAACAUGGGAAUAGUGUAGCUUCCAAACAGUGGAAGAGUUUUUCAAAUCGGUUCAGUAGUUUCGGAGCCUAUUCAAUACAAACAAGCAAACAAAUCUUUCCUCUUUAUAAUAUUUGUAUAGAUGGAUUAACAGAAAUAUAUAACAUUCAUGACACUUAGAUAUUAUUUGUAAUUGACAUCAGCUCAUGGACAUCAGCAAUGCCAGUAGAGACAAGCCGAUGCCUACCGUAAAAUUUUUACGCUUUUGAGAUUAAAUGACAAUAGUAAACUCAUUGCAAACGCCAUAUUUGAUUAUUUGCUAUUAAUGACCAAGUCUAUGAUAUUUUAUGUUUGUCCCUUUUUGCCCCAUAUGGCGUCAUACGUAAUGAAAUUGUCAAGAUUGUCUUUAUCUAAGCUUCGUGGUAGGUAGAAGUAAGGAGAACUAAUUUAUAUUAGUUGUAAACAAAAAAAUACUACUCAUAAACCCACCAAUACAUCACUAGCGGAGUGAGCGGUGUGAUAUGAAUGCACAGUAUUGCACAGAUUUACGGAGGGUAGAGGUAAGGAGAACCGUCUGUGUGUGUGAAAAAGUGUCCGUUAAAAUCUGCUUGAUAAGGGUGGCGCUACAGUAGAGGAUUUUUGAACUGUUUUUUAGUACUGGAAGUGGGACACAAGCUUCUCCCAUAUGAAAUUUUUAAAGGGAUUUUAUGACCUGGUAAUUGAGACCUUUAAGUCAUGUCUUAUUUUAAUUUAUAUUCAUAUUUGUAUGAAAAAUGAUAUUAUGGAGUGAAAUGAAAUGAAGAUGAUUAAUUUGAGACAUUCAUCAACUAGGAUGAAAUGGGAUGAAAUAUAAUCUCAGUAAAAUGGUGGUCAUUUACUAAGAUUUUUUCAGUGGACUUUUUGGAGGAUCCCGAAAAGUUACGUUCAGCGGCUUUGUUUUAUUUUCCCACAUUUGUGCACUUUCACAGAUAUCAAACAGUUAAUAAACCACCGUUAUUACACAUUUAAACCUGAAGAAACACUAAAUAGACAAAUUAAAACAAAUCACACAACUUCACUUCUCGCGUUCCCGCCAAAAAGUCUCUCCCAUAUGAGACGGUUCUCCUUACCUCUACCCUCCAUGCACAGAUUAUAAAUUAGUAUGAAUAUAGCAGGGUUGUAAAUGAAGUGAAGUGUGAACAAUUUUUGGCGCCAUCUUUGAAAUGACAUCCCAACCUAAUUGUUCGUUUUCAACUGAUACCUUUUAAUACACAAAGCAUAGUUAAGAUAUAAUGUAUCUGUUAAGAAAAACCAAUAUUACUUAAAAUUAUUGGAACGAAGUUCCUUACGGCAGACUUGGAGGGGAUAGGAAUUUUGCUGCGCGACCGAACUGAAAAAAAUGUGAUAGUAAAACCGUAAGAAAAAAUCCCUGGAAAAAGUGCGUGGAAAAAUCCGUGGAAAAAAGUGCGUGGCAAAAACCGUUAAAUGAGACGUGCGCAGGCGCGACAGUCGCAUACACAAGCGAGUAGUGUAUAAUACCUUUCUCUUUCUUCUUCUUUCUUUUCGUUCUCUAAUCCCUUCUCUCUCUAUUUAGUAAUUAUUUCUUUUUCUAUGUAAUUUUAUGUUGUCAACCAAAAAUAAAGAGAUAUAUUUUGUUAUUUUAAUUGAUAAUUUGAAUUACAAUUUUUUUUAUUUUACGUAAUUUAUUAUUUCCUAAAAUACUGAAUUUCCUAAAUACUUUCUCGUACUUAAAUAAAAACUAAUCAGCAAAAUUUAAGAGAAAAACCAAGAAAACCUACAUAAAAUUGUGCACCAUUUCUUUUUUUGCAAAUUGUGUCGAUUCUACAUUAGCCGAAGGAACUUCGUUCCUACCUGGUGUCCCACGACCCCACAUCUUUAUGUUUAGUUAUUAAAAAGGAUUUCUCUUCAGUGUCAUGAAGUGAAGUCAGCCAUUGAAUAAAAAGAGAGUUCAGUUUUGUAAAGUUUAUUAAUACUGUUUACUGUUUAAUUCUUAAUGUUAAUUAUAAAAUAAAUUAAGGGAUUUAAA